AUGUUAACAUUUUUUCUCUAUAUAACCCUAUUAAUCUUCCCAAAUUCCAUAAAUCCACGUGUAAUUAAUGGAAGUGAUUAUUCCACAUGUAAUACUCAAGAAUGUGUCGAACUUUCCAAAUAUUUUCUAUCAAAUAUGAAUGAUUCAGUCGAUCCUUGUGAUGAUUUCUAUGAAUUUGCUUGUGGAAAUCAUAAAGGUCUUCCAAUUCUCCAUGAAAUGCAAUAUUUUCUAAUUAAAGAUCUAGUAGAUGUUCUGACUGGAAAAACUUCGAGCGAAAAUGCAUCGCAUGCUUUUCAAAUAGCAAUUAAUUAUACAAAAUCAUGUUUGAAUGAAAAAACGAAAGCUGAAUUUACAGAAAAAGAUUUCAGAAAUCAAAUAAAUGCGAAAUUUGGAGGAUGGCAUUUGCUUGAUAACACGAGUUUUAAAAAAGAUUCUGAAGAUUGGGAAAUUUUGGUUGGAAAUCUGAGUCUUUAUGGAAUUGUGAACCUGCUUCAAAUCGAGGUGGUUCAAUCGCCAAUCAAUAUCGAGAAAUAUAUUUUGAAAAUUGGGACAAAUUAUUUACAAGAUGAGGAAUAUUUUAACACUACAUGGACAUAUUUUCCUGAUUUUAUGAGAAAAUUUCUCAAAAAUUUUGGAAUUGAUAUCUCGGACGAAGUGAUCAAUAAUUUGAAAGAAUUCGACAGGAAGAUUAUGCGAGCAACAGAAAAAAUUUCUGGGCAACCCGAAGCUAUAAGUUAUACAGAUUUCAAGAACAAAUACCCAAAAAUCAAAUGGGAUUCAAUUUUCAAUAAACAAAUUCGACUUGGCGAAUCAACUUUGAUUCUAAACGAGGCUCCAGAAUUCUUUGAAGAACUUCAGAAUGUUCUCGAAAAAACAUCGGAAGAGACAAUCAAGAAUUUCCUUAUGUGGCGAAUUGUUGUGUUCUCGAAUUUGUAAUUAUCCGAAGAUUUUCGAAAACCAGGAUUAGAAUUAGUCAAAAACGUUUCUGAACGUGACAUUGAUAUUGGAACUGUUAGAGUUUGUUAUGAUCAAACUGUCAUGAAAUUUGAAAAACCUCUCGCCGCUUAUUUUGUGAGCAAAGUGUUUGAUGAAAAAGCGAAAGUGAUCGUUGAAGAUAUGAUUUACACGUUGAAAAAGGAAUUUAACCUAUCUUUGACGUUGUUAGAUAUGGAUUGGCUGGAGAAUUCGACAAUAUCAAAGUUACAAGAGAGAUUAUUGAGAAUGACAAAUCUAACGGGGUAUGUUCAAAAAAUAUUUAACAAAAAAAUGUUUUUUAAAGGUAUCCGGAAGUUCUAAACAAUGCAUCAGAAAUUAAUCGACCUUUUGCUAACAUCAAAUUUGAUCCUGGAAGAUAUUUGGCCAAUCAGAUGAAGCUUAAUAAAAUUGAGAAAGCGUAAGUGGUCCCUUAAAUACUCUACGGGAAAAUUGGUAAAUAAUGAAUGGGACCCCAAAAGGGACCCCGAAUGACUGAAUGGGACCCCGGUGUUUAAAAAUCGUCGUGAUGAAUCGGACCCCAAAAUAAUAAAGUGGGACCACAGCAUUUUUUUGAAUUGUCUGAAUGGGACCUCGCAAAAAAAGGGACCCCGUUGAAUUUUUGGUAUUAGUACGAACCCCGCGGGGUCCCAUUCAAACAAUUCAAAAAAAUGUUGUGGUCCCUUUUUAUUAUUUUGGGGUCCCAUUCAUCACGACGAUUUUUAAACACCGGGGUCCCAUUCAAUCAUUCGGGGUCCCUUUUGGGGUCCCAUUCAGUCAUUCGGGGUCCCUUUUGGGGUCCCAUUCAGUCAUUCGGGGUCCCUUUUUGGGGUCCCAUUCAUUAUUUUCCGGAAAACUUCCAACAAAAAAAGUUUUUUUUAGUGAAAAUCUACGGUUACUCAAGCGAAAUGUCGACAAAAAUUACGAUUGGACAUUCAAAGUUCUAGAUGUGAAUGCUAACUACGAUAUGCAGAAGCAUGAAAUCAUUGUCCCAAUAUCAAUCUCCAGAUUCCCGUUGCUUGUUUCAAGUGCUCCUGUCGCUGUAAACUAUGGUGCUCUUGGUCUACUCAUUGCUCAUGAAAUAAUCCAUGGUUUCGAUCGAACUGGCAUCUACAAAGAAUUGGAUGGAAUUGAGGGAUUAUGGACAAAUCCAGCAUUCAUUGAUCAUUUCCAUAAUAGAACUCAAUGUUUAGUUGAGCAGUAUAAUCGAGAAAUUGAACCGGAAACUGGGAGAAAUUUUGAUGGAAAGAAAACGAUUGAUGAAAAUAUUUCGGAUAAUGGGGGAAUUCGAAUUGCGUGGAAAGGUUAUCAAAGAAAAGUUGUGACGAAAUUUGAUCAGCGAGUUUUGCCGAACAUGGAAGAGUAUAACAGCAAUCAAUUGUUCUUCAUCGCUUUUGCGAAUUCAAUGUGCCAGAAAAUGAGCAAAGAGCAGAAGGAGUAUAAAUUAGCCAAUUCUGAGCAUACUUUUGGAGCAACACGGGUUAAUGUGGCGUUGAGGAAUUUUUAUGAUUUUCAAUAUGCUUGGAAUUGUCCGGUUGGGUCGAAAAUGCGACCGGAAGAGGAGGAUAUUUGUAGGGUUUGGUAA